AUGGCAGAGUCCGGGACCCUGCCCACCGGCUUCGGGGAGCUGGAGGUCCUGGCAGUGGGAACGGUGCUGCUGGUGGAAGCUCUCUCCGGCCUCAGCCUCAAUAGCCUGACCAUCCUCUGUUUCUGCAAGAACCCGGAGCUGCGGACUCCCAGCCACCUGCUGGUGCUGAGCUUGGCGCUGUCGGACAGUGGGAUUAGCCUGAAUGCCCUCAUGGCAGCCACGUCCAGCCUCCUCCGUGUCUCCCACAGGCGCUGGCCCUAUGGCUCAGAAGGAUGCCAGGUUCACGGCUUCCAGGGCUUUGCAACAGUGUUGGCCAGCAUCUGCAGCAGUGCAGCCAUCGCCUGGGGGCGCUAUCACCACUACUGCACCCGCAGCCGACUGGAUUGGAACACGGCCGUCUCCUUGGUUUUCUUUGUGUGGCUGUCUUCUGCCUUCUGGGCAACACUGCCCCUCCUGGGCUGGGGACACUAUGACCGUGAGCCGCUGGGGACAUGCUGCACCCUGGACUAUUCCAGGAGGGACAGAAACUUCACCAGCUUCCUCUUCACCAUGGCCUUUUUCAACUUCCUCCUGCCCCUCUUCAUCACAGUCAUAUCCUAUCGGCUCAUGGAGCAGAAACUCGGGAAGACUGGCCGUCCUCCGGUGAACACCGUUCUGCCAGCCAGGACGCUGCUGCUCGGCUGGGGCCCCUACGCUCUCCUAUAUCUGUACGCAGCCGUUGCGGAUGUGACCUCCAUCUCCCCCAAGCUGCAAAUGGUGCCCGCUCUCAUUGCCAAGGCUGUGCCCACGGUCAACGCCAUCAACUAUGCUCUGGGCAGUGAGAUGGUGCACAGGGGAAUCUGGCAGUGCCUCUCGCCGCAGAAAAGAGAGCGGGACCGAGAGCAGUGA